AGCUAUAAAUAUUAACUACAUUGGGUUUGUUUUUUACUUAGCUUUCAUUGAAAAGAGCACCGGAGCCAAAAGACCAUGAAAACAGUUAUGCUCGUCCUACUGUUGAUGUUUGACCUUCUCACUUGUUCAAAUGGAGGUACAUUUUCUUUGUUGGUACCUCAUGGAUUCAUCUCAGCUAAAAUAGGAUCUUCUGUUGUCCUGGAAUGUGGACUUUCCACUGCGUUGGACAGUAAGAGCUAUGAAGUACGCUGGCAUCGACCCAAUAAAAAAGACAACCCGAUUUUGCUCUACAAAGACCAAAAGAUCCAAGAGAACCCUGGAGAUCCUCAGUACAGAGGCAGAGUAUCUCUGAUUGGAGAACUGCAGAAAGGGAACAUCUCUCUGAAACUGGAGAACCUCACACUGGCAGACAGAGGAGAAUAUGUGUGUUAUGUCCAGAGUACUGAAUGGUAUGAGAGGGCUAGUGUUAUCCUGAAUAUUACAGUGGUUGGAUCUCCUCUUCUCCUCUCAUUCGCUGAUGUUGGAAAACAGUUGAACAUUACCUGUGCAUCAAGCGGAUGGUCACCAAAGCCCACCCUCACCUGGAGAGACAAAGGAGGAAGAAAACUCAGGAACAGUGUUGAUCACUAUAAAACAGACUCUGAAGGGUUGGUGAGUGUGAGCUCUUGGCUGCUUCUCUCUCCCUCUGAGUCAGAGUGGAUCUCCUGUUCUGUGGGUUUAUCUAAUCAGGAGAUGAGAGAGGGAAGAGUGCUGCCACUCAAACCUGCUACUGCAACAUCAGAACCUGGAGUUUCUUCAGGAUGGAGAGCCUUCACCAUUUUAUUGGUUAUUAGUCUGCUGGCAUUCACUGCAAUGACAAUGAUUAACCCAAAGAUUAGAGGCCUCAUUUUCCCUAAAGACAAAAAGGCUCCACCAGAAGGUCAUUUAGAAGAGCAAAGACUUCUUGCUGGUGAGUACAUUUGA